GAGUACAGCGGUGAACACCAGCAGUUUCCGUUUGGUAACGGUCUGCUUAGUUGUGUAUCUUAUGAGUGUUUAUUGAACUAAACGUGUUUGUUUAUUAGAGAGUUGUUUUUGUGUACACACUCUACAAAUAAAAAUAUCAGGAAAGUGGAGGGAAACGGCAAGCGCGUGAGAUGAAAUGACAACGUCAACACUGCAGAAAGCGAUUGAGUUGGUGACUAAAGCCACAGAGGAGGACAAGGCCAAGAACUACGAGGAGGCGUUGAGAUUGUACCAGCAUGCUGUGGAGUAUUUCCUACACGCUAUCAAGUAUGAAGCCCAUAGCGACAAGGCGAAAGAAAGCAUCCGUGGGAAGUGUAUGCAGUAUCUGGACAGAGCAGAGAAACUCAAGGACUACCUGAAAAACAAAGACAAACAGAGCAAAAAGCCAGUAAAGGAGACGCAAAGCAAUGACAAAAGUGAUAGCGACAGCGAAGGAGAAAAUCCAGAGAAGAAGAAACUUCAAGAGCAUCUGAUGGGUGCUAUCGUGAUGGAGAAACCUAAUGUAAGGUGGAGUGAUGUAGCCGGACUCGAGGGAGCGAAAGAAGCCCUGAAGGAAGCCGUAAUUCUGCCUAUUAAAUUCCCCCACCUGUUCACAGGCAAGCGCACUCCAUGGAGGGGCAUUCUUCUGUUCGGACCUCCGGGCACAGGAAAGUCUUACCUGGCCAAAGCGGUCGCCACCGAGGCCAAUAACUCCACCUUCUUUUCCGUGUCAUCCUCUGACCUCGUGUCGAAGUGGCUGGGCGAAAGUGAAAAACUGGUGAAGAAUCUGUUCGAUCUGGCUCGCCAGCAUAAGCCCUCCAUCAUCUUCAUAGACGAGGUGGAUUCUCUCUGUGGAUCCAGGAACGAGAACGAAAGCGAAGCUGCUCGGAGAAUCAAAACAGAGUUUCUGGUGCAGAUGCAAGGUGUUGGUAAUAGUAGUGAUGGGAUCUUGGUUCUGGGUGCUACUAACAUUCCCUGGGUCCUUGAUGCUGCUAUUCGCAGAAGGUUUGAGAAGCGUAUUUACAUCCCAUUGCCGGAGGAACCGGCACGGGCGGCCAUGUUUCGCCUGCAUCUGGGUAACACACCUCACAGUCUGACGGAGUCCGACCUGCGACAGCUGGCCCGUAAGACAGACGGAUACUCUGGAGCUGACAUCAGCGUCAUAGUACGAGACGCUCUCAUGCAACCCGUCAGGAAAGUGCAGUCCGCUACACAUUUCAAAAAGGCACGAGGACCGUCUCGCAGUAACAGUUCACUGAUGGUGGAUGACCUCCUAACGCCCUGCUCGCCCGGUGACCCUGAAGCUAUAGAGAUGACCUGGAUGGAUGUACCUAGUGACAAACUACUAGAACCUAUAGUGUGCAUGUCUGAUAUGCUGCGCUCUCUGACGACCACGCGGCCCACCGUCAACACAGAAGACCUGAUGAAGGUCAAGAAGUUCACAGAGGAUUUCGGACAGGAAGGCUGACCCACAUUCGUUCAUUCAUAUGUAGCUGUCUUAACUGAUCCAGGACUUUGUGCUUUAAAAGUGGCAUCAGCAUGUUAUCUUAUCAAACGUCUCUAAACGCCCAUCACUACAGAGUUUUAAGUGUCUGGAAAGACAGGAAAGUGCUUGCGAGAGCAUAAACUAAUGAAGCUUGCUGUGUAUUCAGACUGAAGUACAGCUCACAAUAAUCACAUCAGUAUUUAUUUCAAGUUCAUAUUAUUUCGAAUUGUUAAGGUUUUGUGAAGAUGUGCUCGUGAAAUAGUGACUGAGCUUUAUUUAUAUCUAUCGUGUCCAGCACUUUAUCAGAUGAACUUGGCCUGCUGAAAUCAUCUCAACGUAAUGUCUGUGUCAUAUUACCUUUCCUAAUAAGUGCUUGGUUAUGUAUACAUGUAUAUGCAUAUGUAUAUACAUGAUUUUGUGAGUGAAAUAUGAUUGACAUUCAUUUUCUUGACAGUGUUUCGUGUCUACAUUUUACAUGAGGACUUGUUUAACAUUACUGACGAAGCAGAAAUGAUCCCAUGACAAGGCAGCACAGCAUGGUUUGUCUCUGUUAUUAUAUUAAACUGUGUUAUUCUGAAA